AUGUCUUUUGUUCGAAAAACAAGUCUCAAAAUCCACGGGAAAAUUCACAUGGAAAUAAAACCUUAUAAAUGCUUAGAGUGUGGGAAAUGUUUCACUCGGACUUCAUCACUUUGCAAUCAUAAUAAAAGACACACAGAGGAGGAAAGCAGAACGUGCCUAGAAUGUGGGAAAUGUUUUUCCAGGAAAUCAUCCCUGCGGCAACAUCAGACAAUCCACACUGGGGAGAGACCCCAUGAAUGCCCAGAAUGUGAGAAACGAUUUGGGAAUCCUUCCACACUUUGGAGUCACCAAAAGACGCACACGGAGGAAAAACCUUAUAAAUGUAACGAUUGUGAGAAAUGUUUUCCUCUAAAGAAAAGUCUUUUUCGACAUCAGAUAAUCCACACAGGGGAGAAACCCUAUCAGUGCAUUGAGUGUGGAAAUUUUUUUCGUUCGAUAUCAAACCUCGGACAGCAUAAGAAAAUUCAUAGAGGGGAAAAAAAAUACAAAUGUUUAGACUGUGGGAGAGCAUUUAUUAAUUCAGAUCGUCUUAGAAGUCACUGGCAAGCCCAUAUAGGAGAGAAGCCCCAUAAAUGCUUGGAGUGCGAUAAAUGUUUUUCUAGGAGAUACAGCCUUUUGAUACAUCAGAGUACCCAUAGUGGAGAGAAACCACAUAAAUGUUCGGAGUGUGGGAGAUGUUUCGCCCGAAAAACAAACCUAACUCGACACGAGAGACUUCACACUGGAGACAGGCCCUAUCAGUGCCCUGAAUGUGACAAGCGAUUUCUGGUGUCUGCUGAACUCCGGAUACACCAGAGAACCCACAGUGGAGAGAAACCAUAUAAAUGUCCGGAGUGUGGGAGAUGUUUCGCCCAAAGGACACACCUAACUCAUCAUGAGAGACUUCACACCGGAGACAGGCCCUAUCAAUGCCCAGAAUGUGACAAGCGAUUUGCGGUGUCUGCUGAACUCCGGAGACACCAGAGGAGGCACACAGGAGAGAAGCUCUAUAAAUGUGGGGCGUGUGCGAAAAGUUUUCCUACAGUAACACUGCUUCGAGUUCAUGAGAGAAUCCACACAGGGGAGAAGGAGAUAUCAGAAAACUCAAAUGGGAAAAGGCCUUACGCCCUGAUGGUGGACCAGUUUUUUAUAGUUGUUCAACCCUUAGAAGUCAUCCACCACGGACUGAAGCCCUACAAAUGUGGAGAGUGUGGGAAGCAUUUUGCUAAAGGCUGGGACAUCAGAGCUCCUUAG